AUGCCUCAAGCAAAUAAACCAAGCAAAUUUGAUUCAACUGUUAUUGAACAGGAUCUUGGUUUACGCUUGCAAAUGUGUGAAUAUCUGGUUAAUCAACGAGAUGAGGUUAGACGAGCUUAUAUGAACUUGGGGCCUUCUCAACCUAAACUUGAGUAUCCUAGGUCCUCAUUUGGAAAGCAGAAUCGCCGAUUCCAACUUAUUUGGUUUAAACAAUUUUCUUGGCUAGAGUAUUCUCCUUCAAAGGAUAAAGCAUAUUGUUUUCCAUGCUUUUUGUUUGAUCAGCCAAAUAAGUCGAUCAUUCGUUCUGCACUUAUUGAUGAGGGGUUUAACAAUUGGAAGAGAGUAAAUGAUGGAUCCAAAUGUGUUCUUUUGCUUCAUGUUGGACUUGCAUCCUCCUCCCAUAGUCGUUGUGUUAUUAGUCAUGACAAUUUAAAGAAAUCUUCCCAACACAUUGAAAAAGUGUUGAAUGCGCAAUCAAAAAAAGAAAAUUUGAAGAAUCGAAUGCGGGUAAAGGCAACAAUUGAAGCUUUUCAAGUACUUGCUCUUCAAGGACUUGGUUUUAGAGGUAAUGAUGAAAGCUCGACUUCAUUGAAUCAAGGUAAUCUAAUUGAAUUAUUAAAGUUCAAGGAGAGAGGGAAUGAUGCACUUGAGAGCAUCAUAUUAAAGAAUGCUCCACAAAAUGCCAAAUACACUCCUCCAAAGAUCCAAAAGGAGAUUUUGCAUAUACUUGCUAAUAGAGUUAGGAAUAUGAUUUUUGAUGAAAUUGCAGGAGGUUAUUUUUGUAUUCUUAUUGAUGAAUCCCAAGGCGAGUCUAAAAAAGAACAAAUGGCCCUUAUUUUGAGAUACGUCAAGAAUGAUGGUUUGCUAGGGGAACGGUUCUUUGAUAUUGUGGGUGUCGAAAAUACAUAUGCAUUGACUCUUAAAAAAGAAAUAUCAAAUAUCCUUUCUCGAUUUAAUCUCCCUAUUCAAAACAUUCGUGAUCAAGGGUAUGACGGUGCUAGCAAUAUGCGUGGUGAAUGGAAUGGACUUCUAGCUUUAUUUCUUAAAGAUUGCCCAUAUGCAUAUUAUGUACACUGCUUUGCACAUCGUCUGCAAUUGGCCUUAAUUGCGGCAGCAAAAGAUGAGCCUAAUGUUUGGCAAUUUUUUUCUCACUUGAGUUGUAUUGUCAAUCUUGUUGCUUCUUCUUCAAAGCGCCUUGGUGAGUUAAAAUCUUUUCAUAGGAGUGAGGUUGAAAAUAUGUUGGCUAGUGGUGAGCGUCAAUCUGGUAAAGGGGCUAAUCAAAUUGGUACCUUGCAUCGAGCUGGAGCUACUCGUUGGAGCUUGCAUUAUGAAUCUGUUAGAAACUUGAUUGAUAUAUAUGACGCAUCUUGUGUAGUUGUUGAAAGUCUCAAUAAGAGUACAAAUCAACAAAUUCGCGGGCAAGCUAAUGGUGUUUACAAAGUAAUGAAGAGCUUUGAAUUCAUAUUCAUCUUGCACUUGAUGGACAACAUUUUGGGAAUCGUGAAUACACUUUGUCAAGCCUUGCAACAAAAAACUCAAGACAUCUUAAAUGCGAUGAAAUUAGUUUCCACAACAAAAGCUCUCCUUCAAAAACUUGGACAAGAUGAUUGGGAUACUUUUCUUGCAAAUGUGGUGUCAUUUUGCAAUCGACAUAACAUUGCGAUGCAUGAUAUGAGUUCUCCUUAUGAAAGGGGUACAAGUUGUCAUCGUCAACAAGAUCACAUUACAAUUGAGCGUCAUUAUCACUUUGACAUAUUCAACUCUACAAUUGAUUUUCAAUUGAUAGAGUUAGAACAUAGAUUUAAUGAUGGGGUAGUGGAACUUCUUUCUCUUAGCUCGGCUUUGGAUCCUAGUGGCAAUUUUAAAUCUUUUAAUGUGGAUAAUAGCCAAAAUCUUGCCAAGAAAUUUUAUCCCCAAGAUUUCACUUCUCAGGACAUCCAUGCUUUGAGAUGUCAAUUAAUGCAUUAUAAGCUUGAUGUUGUCUGUGAUCCCGAGUUUCAUAAGAAAUAUACCCUUGUUGAAUUGUGCCGAGAACUAUUUGUGACAAGAAAGUUCGAGCAUUACACCAUGAUCUACAAAUUGAUUCGUCUUGUGUCAACCCUACUUGUUUUUACGGCGACUACGGAAAGAGCAUUUUCGGGUAUGAAGCAUGUUAAAACUGCCAUUCACAAUUUAAUGGGGGAUGAGUUUCUUGCCGAUUGCUUGUCUCUUUACUUUGAAUGA